GCGCUGUGGUCGCGCUGUGCGGGAAUGUGAAGACGACAGAAGUCGCGGAAGGUUUUAAAAGACGUUUUCUAGCUCAUUGUAGUGUAACACGGAUCUGUGCGCAGAAUAAAAACUAAAAAAAUGAUCUGAUCUGUGAAGGGCAGCGCCGAGCCGAGCUAAAGGUUGUGGUGUUUGUGGUGUGGAUCCGUGGAGUCAGGGGGAGGAGGAGGUGUGUGUGUGCUGUGGGUAGAGAGAGAGCGCCUGAGCGACAGACGAGCUUUUGUUUAUGUUGGUGUUGGAGAUUAUUAUACUGUCUCGAGAGUCUGAAAAUGGACCCACAGAGUGACUGUACACUGGUGACUGCUGUGUCCUGCCAUGAUAUUUUUGACCUGCAAACUGGUCAGUCAGAUUCCAGUCCACUAGCAAAAGGAACAGCUUUCGCUUUCAUCAAGGCUGUGCAAUCUGUCAAUGAGAGACUGGUAAAGCUGAGCGAAAAGCAGACGUUGCUGUUUGAGGUGAUCCUGCUUGGGAAAGAUUGUGAAGAACAGGCCAAAUCAAAGAUAUUUGACAGUGCAAAAUACUACGAUCUAGAAAUCGGCAAGUUCUGCUUUUGCUCCAAAGAGAAAUUUGAGAGAACACUGCAGGAAAACCAUGUAAAGUUGUUCCUGUCAUCAGACAGGGAUGAUGUCCACAGUGCCCUUAAAGCAGGUGUUCCUGCUGCUUUGCUAUGCCAGCAGGCAGACCAGCAGGUCCAGAAUCAGCUGAAGGUGCUCUUCUCAGGAGAUCUCAUCGGCCUUACAGAGGACUCCACAGAGUAUCUUAAGGAUCUGGGGUUCAAUGACGUUCAGAUCCACAACUUCAAAGCAGCAAAGGGCCGCAUUCAAGAAUUUGCCAUGCUGAUCGGUGAAAUGAGGAGGAGGUUUGGAUGUGAGGACAGCCCUCUUCACACCAUCCUCAUGACAGUGUGGGGUUCCAGAGAUAUCUGUGCCACCGCUCUGAAGACCCUCCGAGCCUGGGGCCUUGAUGUGGAUGAAGCCUUCUGCCUGGCCGGAGCCCCCUGCACCCCUAUCCUGACUGUAUUACAGCCCCACAUACUUUGGGAUGAUGGACUGCACAAUUUAAAGGAAACAUGACUAAGUAUUUGCCUUUUUGGUUUAACCUACCAGUGCUCUGUUUUGAACUCUGUUUUGAAUGUAUAAAGAUUUUUGGAAGACA